AUGAUGAAUAGAAUCAGACGACCUUUCCCGAUCACACGCCGGGACACUGAUUCGGUGCAGUUGAACACUCUAGAGCCUCAGAAAGCCGCAGAUGGCUUCGACAGAAAAGGAGCCGAAGUCGGCAUUGAGGCCGACUCACCAGACAUUGAGCAUGGCCACCUUCAAGAAAUCGAAGUAGAUGUUGACAAGGUGCUACAUGACGGAGAAGUCAAAGAUGUUGACUCUGAUACCUCACCAUACCCUGAAGGUACGAUUCGAUCGUGGUGA